GAGCUCGCACACACUCAAAUGUAAGAUCAGAUCUAUAAAAUUAUUUUUAUUGCGGCUUGUUUUUUGAUAAAUAUAAACUAAGAAUAAUUACACGGUCCAAAGCACAUGAAAUCGAAAGUCAAUAGUUUAAAAGCCGAAUGUGGACAUCCAAAGCUUCAAUUGAAAUUCAAGGCUUCAGUUCAGACUUGGAUAACGACCACUGGUUCCGUUAUGAGGAAAUCUAUUGCAUUGCUAUGCAUAUUUCUCUUGAUUGCUCAGAUUAAUUCCGAAACCGAUGUUAGGAGCCGUGUCUGGGGACCUGGUAUUGAGUUAGCGGACAAAUUUGUGAUAAAUGCAAGGUACUUUUUUAUUGAGUUGAGGGGAACCGAUGACAAAAUAAUCAUUGAACCGGUUAAGUAUGACAUUCUAUUUAAAGGCCAAUCUAGGAUUGGUAGUUGCCGCGUGCGAACGGAACAGAUAGAUAGAUACGACGGAACAACAUUGAUCCGCUACAAACUAUUGGAAACCUGUUGGAAUGUAGAAAUUUCCGUGCUCUACAGAGAUCAACAUCUUGGAAAUUCUCCGUACAGAUUCGAGAACAAAUUGUAUAUCGAAAAUUGCAAUUGCCCGCAAUCUUCGCUUGAUGAGUGGAUUCAGCAAGUCGGUUGCCCCGUCAGUGAACCACAAAUCGACAAUGAUCUAAUACCGUUUCCAGCUGUAAAUUUUUCAAAUUUGAGACCUAGAAUCAUUGAACAUUAUGACAAACCGGGAAGUGUGUCCCUAUGCAACUACGUUGUUCGAGAUAAUCUGAUUUAUCGAACAUGCUACGGUCGUUAUACAGGAUUUAAAACAUACAUGGAUGCGAUGUUGCUUUCUUUAUCAAGAAAAACUCACCUGCCAGACAUGGAAAUGUUUGUAAAUUUAGGCGAUUGGCCACUCGUUACCAAAGGAGGUCACCGUCGCACUACGGGGCCAUAUCCGAUUUUUUCCUGGUGCGGUAGCGAUGAUACAUUCGACAUUGUGAUGCCAACAUAUGAUAUCGUUGAAUCUACCCUGGAAGCUAUGAGUAGAGUAUCCAUAGAUAUGCUUUCCGUACAACGAAAAGGAGUAUCGUGGGAGAAAAAAAUACCCAAAGGGUUCUGGCGUGGACGGGAUGCCUGCCGCGAAAGGCUGACUCUUGUUGGUAUAUCGCAAACCCAUUCAAAUGUGAUAAACGCGUCUUUGACAAAUUUCUUCUUCUUUCGAGAUGAGGAAGAAGUGUACGGUCCAAAGGUAGCUCAUAUUUCGUUUUUCGAAUUCUUCAACUACCGGUACCAAAUCAAUGUGGAUGGGACAGUUGCGGCAUACAGGUUUCCAUAUCUUCUAGGCGGAACGUCGGUUGUUUUCAAACAAGACUCGAAAUAUUACGAACAUUUUUACAGUAAACUGAAAAAAUGGCGAGAAUAUGUUCCGUUCAGCAAAGACCUGUCCAAUCUGGUCGAAACUAUUGAACGAGCUAAGGAGAACGAUUCCGCUAUGCUGUUGAUAAGAGAUAAUGCCAAAUCAUUUGUCGAACAACAUUUGUUGCCAAAAUCAAUCCUGUGCUAUUCUGCACUCCUGUUAAAAGACUACGCGAAGAAAAUUGUGAGCCCCAUUCAAAUAUUGCCGAGCAUGGAAUUGGCAGAGCAACCCGAACUCUCAUCAAACUGUGAAUGCGAUUAUGAACCUCAUAUUGAGAGUCAUGACGAAUUAUAAAUUGUGUUAAUAGUGCAAUGCCGACAAAUUUCUUCGGAAAUUUAAAGUUUGGAAAGCGUUCAUCAGGUAGUAAAUGUUUACCUCGCGAAAGAAUGGCAAUUCUCUGAAACAAUACGCAGAUUUCAUUGAUCUUCUCUAAAAGAGUUCUAACUUUAUAAAUUGUUUGUUCAAAUGAUAAGAAAGCAGGAUAUUAAAAUGUUAGACUUGAGAAUUUUUUAAAUUUAUUCACACCUAGGAAAUAUGUGAUUUCCCAAGCAUUGUACAAAAUAAUCAAACCCCUUUAUAUAUAUAAGAACCACCCUAUCCAGACUAAAAUGAUAGAAAAUGUUUAUAAAGCCCAGUAUUAGUAAUAUGAUUAUAUUUUGUUUAUAGGAAUGUCAACAGAAAUGAAAUCUCU